CACCGACCUAGCUGCCUCAAAUUCUUGCUUAUUACCCUUCCCGGUAACCACCUCUCCUCCCGGCGAGGCUGAAACGUACAAAGAAGCUCUACCGAAAAGCUUCUCGAGCAGACUCGUGGAAGCAACGCGGAUAUUGCUAAUUCUAAUAAUCCUGCCCGUCCGUUCAAAAAAUUGAUACCCCUUUGCUUUGCUCUGCUUUGCUUGGUAAAUCUACUUUCUACAUCUUGGUUUUUAUAUGUUCUUUUCCCGUCACGCCUACCGCCAAUGAAUAUGCCGAAGCACACCCGCUCGUCCAGUUCGAGCCAUAACCGGUACUCGAACCCCAACGCCAUGCCCGUCUCCCUGGCCCCCUCGGCUCCCGUCCCGAUCUACAGCACGCGACCGUCCCUACCGCUGAACACGGGAGGUUACUACCCUAAUAUCGCCUCGACGUCGGCCCAGCCUCCCAUGCAGGCGCAGCCGUACGACCCCUACCCGGCGGACGUAGUCACGCAGGCCCCCAUGCCCAACCGUCCGUCUUCCGGGGCGUGGACGGUCCAGGACGACCAGAACCUGCUGGCGGCGAGGCAGCAGGGCCUCAACUGGGCGCAGAUCCAGAGCAGUUACUUCCCCAACAAGUCGCCCAACGCCUGCCGGAAGCGCCACGAGCGGCUGAUGGAGCGGAAGGGCGCCGACGACUGGGAUAACAGGAAGCUCGAACGCCUAGCCAAGGAGUACAUGAGCAUGCGCAAAGAGAUCUGGCAGCCUCUCGCGGCACGAACGGGAGAGAAGUGGAUAGUUGUUGAGGCCAAGUGCAUGAACAACGGCCUCAAAAACUUGCAGUCGGCAGCGCGGUCGGCAGCGCGACGGGAGCGGCUGGAAUCAGGGCAUCCAAUGCACGGGUAUGACGACGAUAGCGGGAUUUCAGGCAUUGGUCUGACUCCAGUAGAUGACCUCGACGCCUCGUAUAGCAGCCCCGAGACGACGGCGUCCAGCUCGCACUCGGGCGGGAGCAACGCCGGCGGCGGUUACGGCGGCGCCAUGCAUCCUAUGGCUCUGAGCAACAACCCGUACGGCAACAACUACACCACCAGCGCCGGUGGCCUCUCGUCUAGCUACGGCUCUUCCGUCUCGUCUUCGGCCGCCGCCGCUCAUUACAGCACUGCCAUGCACGGUUCUCACUCCCAAGGGGGCUCUCCUUAUAUGGGGGACGGGCAGAGGCUCCCCAGCGUCGACAUGGGCAUCGAUGCCAUUAUUAAUCGACCCGGUCACAACGGCGGCCAUGCUCACGGCAUGUGAGAAGAAAAAAAGACAUAAUUCGGCGUUAACAAGGUCAUUAUUCAUAAUUUCGUAUUCAACCAUCCCGCUCGUUAUCCGUCCUUCCCCCCCCCUUCCUUUUUUUUUUUCUUUCACACCAACUCUUACUAUUACGUCGUAAUGAUUUAUCUAUUUCAAAACUUACUUUCAUUUUUUACAUGCGGCGGUGUUGCCGCCU